GUCUGCGAGGGAGCUUGCAGUUCCAGACACUGCGAGGAAACUGGCUCAGUGCGGUUUAGUAACGUAGCGGAGGACGGAGGACAUGAAGUAAACAAUGGAUAACUGUCCCGCUGCGUCGACGUUCCUGACCGACAGCUUGGAGCUGGAGCUGGAGACAGAAUGGUGCAAACCCCCUUGCUUUUCUUGUGAUUUUGACAACAGAGGAGGAGGAAAACAUUUUUCUGGCGAGUCCUACCUUUCCAGCGGAGCUCUUAAGCGACUGAUUUUGAAUCUUGAUCCUUUACCGACUAAUUUUGAAGAGGAUACAGUGGAAAUAUUUGGCAUUCAAUGGGUUACUGAAACAGCAUUAGUGAAUUCAUCUAGAGUUCUCUUUCAUCUCUUGAGGCAACAGCUCUACAACUUGGAAACCUUAUUACAGGCCAACUGUGAUUUUGGGAAGAUAUCAACCCUACAUUGCAAAGCAGCCAAUAUUAGGCAGCAGUGCAUAACAUUUCUUCAUUAUGUUAAAGUCUUCAUUUUCAGGUCCCUGCAAGUACAAAAUGCCGAAAGUCAUGUUCCUGUCCAUCCCUACCAAACUUUGGAGGCACAACUUCCCUCAGUGUUGAUUGAUGAGCUUCAUGGAUUACUCUUGUAUAUAGGACACCUAUCAGAACUUCCCAUUAUUAAUACAGGAGCAUUUGUAAAUCAAAACCAGACUAAGCUUUUCCCACCAUCAUGGCAUUUGUUACAUCUCCACUUAGAUAUCCAUUGGCUAGUGCUGGAAAUUCUUCACAUGCUUGGUGAAAAAUUGAAACAAGUUAUAUAUAGUCAUCAGUUUAUGAACCUGGCAGGUGACAAUUUAACCAAUGUCAGCCUAUUUGAAGAACAUUGUGAAAAUCUUCUUUGUGAUUUAAUAAGCCUGUCCCUCAACAGGUAUGAUAAGGUUAGGCCUUCUGAAGCAUUAAUGAGUCACCAUUGCCCAUGUCCAUGCAUUAAAGAAUUAUGGGUUCUACUCAUUCAUCUUCUCAACCACAGGAGUAAAUGGUCUCUCUCAGAAUCAUUUUGGAACUGUUUGAAUAAACUACUGAAAACGCUCUUUGAAAAAUCAAAUGACCGAAAAAGACCUUCUGUGCCUGUAAUCCAGCCCAGGGAUCCAUUGGGUUUUAGUUGGUGGAUUAUUGCUCAUGUAGCAUCAUUUUAUCAGUUUGAUCGCCAUGGAAUACCAGAUGAAAUGAGACAAAUGGAAUCAAACUGGAACUUUGUAGAAGAACUGCUGAAAAAGUCCAUCAAUGUUCAGGAUGGUAUACUAGAAGAUCAGUUACGAAUGUAUCUUCACUGUUGUUUGACCCUUUGUGAUUUCUGGGAGCCAAACAUUGCAGUUGUCACCAUUCUGUGGGAAUAUUACAGUAAGAACCUGAAUAGUUCUUUUAGUAUUUCUUGGCUUCCUUUGAAAGGCCUGACACAUGUCAUUAAGUCGCCCUUGUCUAUGCUAGAAAUGGUGAAGACCUGCUGUUGUGAUAAACAAGAUCAUGACCUGUAUAAAUCCAGCAGUAGUUACACUAUUUUCCUUUGCAUUUUGGCAAAAGUUGUUAAGAAAGCAAUGAAGAACAAUGGCCCUCAUCCUUGGAAACAAGUCAAAGGAAGGAUAUAUUCUAAAUUCCAUCAAAAAAGAAUGGAAGAACUAACUGAAGUUGGUCUGCAAAACUUUUUCAGCCUUUUUCUACUGUUAGCAUGUGUGGCAGAGGUGGAAGAUGUAGCAAGUCAUGUUUUAGGCCUCCUAAAUUUCCUCAGGCCUGCCUUUAUAACAUCUCCUCUCAUUUGGAAGGGUCAGAUGGCCUUCCUCUUGAUGUACACCCAGAAAAACCUGGACAUCAGUGUUUUGGCUGAGAUAUUUUCAGGUGCUUUCCGGGAGAAAGCAAAGGAGUUCUUGGUAUCUAAGAAUGAUGAAAUGGGACAAAGACAGACUCUCUGGUCACUUCUUUCCAUAUAUAUUGAUGGUGUUCAAGAAGUGUUUGAGACUAGCCAUUGCUUGCAUCCUUCCCAUGAAAAACUGCUUAAUGAUGGCUUUAGUAUGCUUCUACGAGCUUGUCAAAAAUCUGAACUUCGGACAGUGUUGAGCUUUCUACAAGCUGUUCUGGCCAGAAUCAGGAGUAUGCAUCAACAAUUGUGUCAGGAACUUCAGAGGGAGAAUGUGGACCUCAUUGUGCAGUCUUCAUUAUCGGCUAAAGAGCGCCACCUUGCUGCAGUUGCCAGUGCACUAUGGAGGCAUUUCUUUUCAUUUUUGAAGAGUCAGAGAAUGUCACAGAUAGUGCCUCUCUCACAACUCGCAGAUGCAGCUGCAGAUUUUACUUUGCUGGCAAUGGACUUGCCCAGCACAGCUCCAUCAGAUCUUCAGCCUCAGCCAGUUACAUCAAUGAUACAACUUUUUGGUUGGGAUGAUAUCGUCUGGCCCCAAGUUGUAGCCAGAUAUUUAAGUCAUUUCCUACAAAAUAGCAUGUUAUGUGAAGCACUUUCUCAUUCAGGCUGUGUAUCUUUUCAAGCCCUAACUAUAAGAUCAUGGAUCCGUUGCAUUUUGCAAAUGUAUAUAAAAAACCUUUAUGUGCCAGAUGACUCGUUCAUUGAUUUAAAUACUGAACAGGCAGUUGAAAAAGACUACAUGGAACAGUUGGCUGAACUGACAAGGUUGCUAUUUAAACUCUCAGAAGUAAAGAAUAUUCUCUCAAAGGCUCAAGUUGAAUAUUUACCUAUCCAAGAAGGCCCUAAAAAAGCACUUGUUGUGUUCCUCGAGGCUGUUGGUAUAACUUACGGGAAUCUGCAGACACUUUCUGAUAAAUCUGCCAUGGUCACAAAGUCCUUAGAAUACCUUGGUGAAAUAUUAAAAUAUAUAAAACCUUAUUUGGGAAAAAAAAUUUCCAGUGCAGGUCUGCAGCUGACUUAUACGAUGAUGGGAACUCUUGUUAAAUCAUGGGCACAGAUCUUUGCCACCUCUAAAGCCCAAAAAUUACUAUUCCGGAUCAUAGACUGUUUACUGCUGCCACAUACAGUAUUACAGCAAGAGAAGGAGCUGCCCGCACCUAUGUUGACUGCAAUUCAGAAGAGUCUACCUUUGUAUCUCCAGGGCAUGUGUAUCGUGUGUUGUCAGUCUCAAAAUCCAAAUGCCUAUUUGACUCAGUUACUAGGGAAUGUUAUUGAACAGUAUAUCGGGCGGUUUCUUCCAGCUUCACCACAUGUUUUAGGUCUUGGACAACAUCCUGUUUUGUUGGCAUUGAGAAACUCAGCCACUGUUCCACCGAUGUCAUCUCUAAAGAAAUGCAUUGUACAAGUCAUAAGGAAAUCCUACUUUGAGUUUAAAGGAUCCUUGCUCCCUCCUCGCUUAGCAUCCAUUCUGGCCUUCAUCCUCCACCUUGUUAAGGAAACUAACAUUGAUGUUUCCGAGGUUGAACUACUCCUCCCUGGAGUAUUAAAAUGCUUGGUGUUGGUCAGUGAACCUCAAGUUAAAAGGCUGGCCACCGAGAACCUGCAAUACAUGGUCAAAGCGUGCCAAGUGGGGUCAGGAGGAGAACCUGCCGCCCAGCUGACUUCUGUGUUUAGGAAAUUUAUCAAGGAUUAUGGUAUGAGAUAUGACUAUCAGAUUUACAGCAUUUUAGAAACAGUAGCAGCAUUGGACCAACAGGUUGUUAUCCACUUGAUUUCUACCCUUACUCAAUCUCUGAAGAGUUCAGAGCGGAAAUGGGGCCUUGGCAGAAAUAUUGCACAAAGGGAAGCCUAUAGCAAACUUUUAUCUCACCUAGGACAAGUGGGACAAGAUGAGAUACAGAGACUAAAAGAUGAUAAUAUUGAAUCUAUUUUGUGA